AUGUCUGCAACGGACAGCAUCGAAAAGAAUGCUCAGUUACACAAUACAAACGACGAUGCAAUACACAAUGAACCUCAGCCCAGGGAAGCAUCAGAAAAGGGAUCUGGAGAUACAAAGAGUCCCGAGAACCAAGUUUCUGUAGAAAUAGAAGACACUGAUGAGGAAACUUACGAUUCCUUUCUUGAUGGUUGGAGGCUCCAAGUUCUGAACAUAGGCGUGCUUUUGUUUGUCUGCUUGUCAUUUCUUGAGAUGACGAUUGUCGGCACAUCGUUAGUCUCGAUAACCAAUUCCUUAAAAGGCUUUGAUAUCGCGAGCUGGGUAGUUUCGGCCUACUUAAUCACUGACACUGGAUUCUUGAUGAUCAUUACAAAACUUAGCGACAUUUUUGGACGGAGAUCAACUAUCAUCGUUGUUCUUUGCUUUUUUAGUAUCAUAUCAAUUGGCUGUGGGUUCAGCCAGAAUAUGACGACCUUAAUCGUACUCCGCGGGUUCCAGGGAAUGGUAGGUGGUGGACUGUUCGGGAUGGCAUUCGUCGUUCUUCCCGAGAUGGUUCCCGUAAGCAAAUACCCUUUGUAUUCUGCAUUAUUAUCUUCUACCACCGCCCUCGCGAAUUUGAUGGGUCCACUCAUCGGUGGUGCUGUCAACCAUAAUCCAAAGAAUAAAGAUGCUUGGAGGUGGAUAUUUUGGUUGAAUGGACCAGCCGGCACCAUCGCCUUGAUUGCUACACUUAUUGGAAUGCCUUCUCGCUUUCCACACCAGAGGACGCCACUCCCGGAUCGAAAGCAGAGCGUGCUAACAAGAAAUAAUUUUCGGAGGGUAGACGUUCUUGGCUUUUUCUUUCUAUUGGGCGCAUCAAUCCUCGUCGUUACAGCCUUACAAGAAGGCGGCACCAGAUAUCCGUGGACGAGUCCGGUAACCUUGGUACUUCUUGUUGUGGGAAUUGUUUUCUGGUUCUUCUUUGGUUUUUGGGAAUGGUAUCAGUCAAAGCGAAAGACGCCCCAAGAACCAGUAAUGCCUUGGCGAUUGGCAACAAAUAGAUAUGUAGCGGGCCUGUUUUUGAAUGCAUUCUUUAGUGGCGGAACUUUUACAGUAACUAUAGUAAAUUUACCUCAGCGUUUUCAAAUUGUCAAUGGCAAUUCGGCUUUAGAAGCAGGAUAUCGGCUUCUGACCCUGUCGCUCGUCGCAUCAAUGGGUAGUCUGACAACUGGCAUUUUGAUUCAAAGAUGUCGCGUACCACCAUUUUAUGUGCUACUCGGAGCUGCACCUUUGCAGAUGAUUGGCCUUGUGCUAAUGGGGUACUUGGGUCACGACUAUGCUAUAAACCCUGCUACCUAUGGUUAUCAAGCUAUAGCAGGAAUAGGAUUCGGUGGAACUAUCGCUACAGUCAUCAUGACAAUUCCGCUGGCUGCCGGCAAGCAAGAUGUUGCGGUCGGUAUGGGUGCCAUUGGACAACUCCGUUCUCUCGGUGCCUCGAUUGGUAUUGCAAUAUGUACGAACAUUCUCAAUCGACACGUUUCUUCGUCACUUUCCACAAUUAUCUCACCCGAGCAGUUGCACGCACUUAUACUCUCGACACAAACAAUCGAGCAGUUCCCGCCUGAGACAAAGGCCUUGAUUCGUCGUGCUUACUCGGAAGGAUUUGAUACCCAAAUGCAUGUCAUGGCUGGGUUCUCAGCGGCUUCACUGUUGUGUGCGCUACUGUGCUGGGAAAGAACACCAAGACGACAAAUUGCUUUGUAG